AUGUCACCGCCCCCUGGUUUUGGGAGUCCUCAUCAUCCUUCUGAUUUUGUCAUCAAGCUUCAUAAAUUUUUGUAUGGUCUUAAACAGGCUCCAAGAGCCUGGAAUGACAAGUUUACUAGCUUUCUACCAAGAUUGGGAUUUCAGGCUUCACUUGCUGAUCCUUAUUUGUUUGUCAAACACGCUUCUCUUGGAAUUGUGGUCUUAUUACUUUAUGUGGAUGAUAUAAUCCUUACUGGUAGUAGUUCAUCUGAUAUUGCUACUGUAAUCUUGGAGUUAACCAAGGCAUUUGAUAUGAAAGAUAUGGGACAGUUAAACUAUUUUAUGGGCUUGCAGAUUUCUUAUCAUUCAAAUGGUUUAUUUGUUUCUCAGCAGAAAUAUGCUCGAGAUUUGCUAGCUCGAGUGAACAUGAGUAACUCCAAACUUUGUGCUACACCUUGUUUUCCGUAUCAUCGGCUCUUAAAGGAUGAUGGUGAUCCAUAUCACAGUCCAGAUCAAUAUCGAAGUAUAGCUGGUGCCUUGCAAUAUUUGACUUUUACUUGCCCUGAUAUUGCGUUUGUCAUUAAGCAAUGUUGUCAGUUUAUGCAUCAACCUAUGAAUUCUCAUGUCGUCGCUGUCAAGCGAAUUCUUCGGUAUCUCAGUGGUACUAUUCAUUAUGAUAUUAAUUUUCAACCUGAAAACUUAUCUCUGCACGCGUAUAGUGAUGCCGAUUGGGUUGGUGAUCCCAAUGAUCGACGGUCAACCUCUGGCUAUAUUGUGUAUUGUGGUUCCAGUCCUAUUUCUUGGGCUUCCAAGAAGCAACAUACAGUCUCAAGAUCAUCUACCGAAGCUGAAUAUAGAGCACUGGCCAUAACAGCUCAGAAUUAUCCUGGAUCCGACAGCUAUUGUGUGAUCUUCAUGUACCUCUUUCUGCUCCUCCAUUACUGUUAUGUGAUAAUAUCAGUGCCAUUGCCUUGUCUUCCAAUCCGGUAUUUCAUUCUCGAGUUAAACAUAUCGAGAUUGACUAUCAUUUUGUCCGCGAAAGGGUGA